GUGAUUUUGCUCAUCAUCUCCCACCACUUCCUCCUCCCGUCUUCCAUUCAUGAGCAGCGUGGCUGAGUUUAACAGCGGCAGCCAUGGAUGACAAGGGCUCGGUGGGGAAGAUUAGCGUGUCUUCGGACUCAGUGUCCACUCUCAACAGUGAGGACUUUGUCCUUGUGUCCCGGCUAGGGGACGAGACACCCUCCUCCACUAACAAUGGUAGUGAUGAUGAAAAGACAGGAUUGAAGGUGAUUUCUGAGGAAGGGGUCAGCUUUAAGAUUGUGGGGAAUGGAAGUGAGCAGCAGCUCCAGAGGGAGUUAGAGGAUGUCCUCAUGGACCCAUCGGUAGCUGACACUGGGCUCGGAUCAGAAACAGGAAUGGACAGCCUUGGUGCGGGCGACCAUGGCCUUCUUCCCACUACAGCUUCACCUGUACCACCAGGCUCUGACCCUCUGAGCGCACCACCACCCAAGUUGGAGAUGGUGCUUCCUGUUCAGACGGCUCAGGAGAGCGAGCUGAAUGAGAGGUCGUACCGAGCAGAUGAAUCAUCAUCAGAGGGCAGUCCUUGCAGUCCCAUCCCAGAUGAGGACAGCGUUGUGUUCAGCCAGCUGACGUAUCUGGGGUGUGCCUCAGUCAACGCCCCCCGCAGUGAGGUGGAGGCUCUCCGUAUGAUGAGUAUCCUCAGAGGGCAGUGCCAAGUUCCCCUGGAUGUCACACUGUCUGUGCCAGGCGUGUCAGAAGGCACUGUCAGUUGGAUGAGGUUGAAACAGAACACAGCAGCGGCCCACAACCACACCCACCAACACCAUGGCCCGAGGACGACCAGGAAGGAAACCAGCGAACAGGCUACAGAAGUCAUUUCUUGGAUUGAGCUGCUUCCAGGGCCGUCUUACACACAACACGUUGAAACGAGCCAGUCGGCAUGCUUUGAUGAUGGUUUUUCAUAUGGUGGGGACAUUGGGUUUGCUGUCUUGCCAGAUGAUGCUGUCAAUGCGCAGAAUGCCAUACCUGAGAAUGUGGCAGAGGUGGAUGUACCUGAACAGAACUCUGCUGAUGAUGCAGCCCUUGGGCUGGGCCCUUAUGUGAAUCCUAACGAUGUGCAGACCUCCAAUGGGACAUUAAUGGGGAGUGCCUGCAGGCAAGAGACAAAACUUGACAAUCUGAGUGUUUCUGCAAAAGAAAAGCCAGUCAGUAAAGGAAAAGACAAUAUCAAACAGCUACAGAGCAAUGAGAAUAACACAACUGCUGUCAGUAAUAAGACUGAUGGUAAGGAAAAGCAAGAGAUUGUGGCCAAAACACUGCUCAAGUCUAAACAAGGACAGACUUCUAACAAGAUUAAGGACUUGGUUUCAGGUAAACCAAACGACAUGAUUAAGGGACAUAAAGUAACCCAAAACAUGUCAGCCACAAUCAUCCAAAGAGAAGACCUGCACAAAAUGAAAUCUCUAAAGGAAAAGAAAGACAUUGCACCUUUGAAAAGGCCUGCAGAAAACACCCAAAGUGAGCAGGCUGCUAAAAUGCAAAAGAUACAAGGGAAAGGAGAAUACUCAGCCUCACAAUAG